UGGUGUGGAAUGUAACGUCAGCGGAGAGUGAGGCCCUGAGGGAGGUCUUUUCAACGUGUAAAUAUGUUCAGGAGAGACUGACAAAGGAGGGACGGUGGAGCCUUGCGCUGCGGGAGGAGAGGACUCGGGCAAAUUAGGAGAUUGUCAUAGACUUGAGCUUUUCCAUGGGGACUUUGUCAAUGGGAAUUCGUCGACAUGACGUGAGGAGAUAAAAAAAAUUGAUAAUGUCUAGGUAAGAUCAUAUGGGGUUCAUAAUCCACCACCUUGGAGACACUUGAUUUGAUGGUGGAAAAGCAGUAUCUACCAUUGAUGCCAGUCAUCACCUACUAUUCCGGCUGAUGGCAAAUCCCCUACCCAGCUCCUAAAGUGCUUCUUGCCAAAGGAGUAACCUCAGCCACAUACCCUCACAUUACCACCAUCAUCACUUGUGCUGUACUCCCCACCACUGAAAUCAAGGUUCUUCUUUGGCAAUGCAUACUACGUCUCUCUGUAUGUCGAUACAGCAAACACUAAAUAAGGGGAUAACUAUUGGAUUAAUUAAAUUAACGUAAUGAAAGAAAAAUGGAGAUAGAGUUGAUUGAUCGUUGAUGGCUCUUGAAGUCACCUCGCCAACACCAGCAUGACCUUCAACCAUGAAUUCCUGAAAACACUAGCGACCCCAGGAUAUUUGGACCAACGACAACAGACCACAAGUUUCAUCCAGCAAUUUUAGGCGAUGACUGCACCGGUCCCCUCGAAGAUGCUUCCCCAGUGGCCUCAGCAAGUAUUCGCCCUGGACGCCAAAUACAACACUCGUCGGAAUGGCGCUCAGCCGGCCUUCGGGAUGCUCUACAUUCGUCGCAGGUCCCAACUGCUCCGGGACAAAGAGUCGAAGAGUUCCUCUCCACGUCCCAUGUACGUCAAACUGCGCUCCGAGCUCUUGAAACUUCGAUACGGAACGAUAUCGGAGUACAAUGGUCUCGGUUCGCGUGCCUCCGUCGACGGUGUUCUCGAGGACAAAUCCACCCACCCGAAGUUCAGCAAAAAAUCCACAGCCGAGAGCUUUGCAUUCGCUGGUGUGCACCACGUCUUCGAUCAACACAUCGCUGGGGUCACGGCGUUGAAGUUUGCAAAUAAUGAUCGAUCAAAAUUGUGUUGUGCGUCUUUCGAUGGCACGAUAUCCAUUUGCAAUGUCACGGAUAUGCCACCCAGAGUGGUGGCGAAGCUCGAGGGCCACGGAAAGGGGGUGACUGGGAUUGACUGGAGUAUCAGUAACGAUUUCAUAGUCUCCACGAGUCUCGAUGCAACUGUUCGGCUCUGGGCAGUCCACGGAGAUGCGACUCCGAUCUGCCUCAGAGUCGUCUCCGAUCAGUUCAGGUCUGAGGUACUCUGCUGUGCCUUCGUCCCUGCCAAUAAUAAUCUCGUCAUAACUGGAAAUGGCCAGGGGCUCUUGCAGAUACUUAACGUCUCCACUGGGAUUUACUCUAGAGGGGGAACGACUAAGAUCGGGGGAAAAGUGCUCUCGCUGACAUGCGAGGAGAGUGGUGGUUCUUUAAUCUGGAGUGGGAACGACAGGGGAACCAUCACAAGUCUUCGUCUGGAGCCAGCCUCCGGAAGACUGUCUAAACUGAGGAGAAUCGAGGGGCUUGGGGGAGCUGUCACCAGUCUGUCCUGGAGACCCUGGCUCUCCAGGGAGUCCCCAUGGCCCACUGUUCUGGUCAGCAGUGCCUGCAAUGCAGUGUCGGUUUAUAGAAUUGGAGAUGCUCAGGGAUCUCUCAGCGUCUGGAGAAUAUAUCCUGUCAGACACCAGCAGUAUCUCGUGAGGUCGACGUUCUGCCCUCAGAUGGGCGCGUGCCUGAUAGCCAGUGGUUCAGAAGAUGGAUCAGUUCACCUGUUGGACACUGCGCGCGAGGGCAAAGCCGCCCAGGUGAAUAGACUACAUGGGCAUUCCGCUCCAGUUCUUUCAAUUGCUUUCAACUACGACGAGACGUACCUCGCCACUGGGGAUCAUCAGGGACUUGUCAUUAUAUGGCAGAAUUGAGAGCUCUAGUGUUACUUAAAAUUAAAGUAUCGAAGCAGGGACUAUAAUAGUGUAUAUUUUUUUACGAAAAUGUUCUCUGUAAAUAUCAAAGAAAUUAAUUAGGUAAUUUGAAGGUUAUUCUUCUGUUGAUAGGGAUAAAAAAAUCUAGACAGACCUAGCGAAUUCGGUAGAAAAUUCUAUUCAUCAUAUCAUUAGUCAUUACUAUUAAUUUCUUCUAUAAAAUAUUUUGCAUUAGAUAUUUCUUAGCCGAAAUUCGCCAACACAGUCAUCCAAAGACUAAUAGAAAUACAGUAGAAUUUUCGCUAGGGUUUGCCAUGAAAUUUUUUCGUAUGUUUUUCACAAAGAAACUGAGGUAUAAAACACAAAAUGCUCCAAAAACUAUGGUCUGGAAUAGCGAGGGGAUGAUGACGAGUGCGGGAUUAAAACUCUGGGGUAAUAACAUGAUGAGGAUGUGUAAAAUAAACAACACAUGUAUAGCAAUAUA